AAUUUUCGUUAACACGCAGCAUGCUACUACGAAAAUAAUUUUCCUUCCGGUGUAAAAAAAAUUAUAUCUACUGUUUUGAAACCCUAAAUAAAAUGGCAAGUACGGCUGUAGCAGCAGGUAUUGGCCUCGCUGCUGUAGGCUUUGCUGGUCGUUAUUUGCUCAAAAGAAUGCCAAAUUUAUCACAGAGGAUGGCUGAGACGGUGAAGAAGCUAGAUUCUCAGUCACUAGCAAACAGCAAGUAUUAUAAGGGUGGUUUUGAGCAAAAAAUGACCAGGCGAGAAGCUAGUUUAAUCUUAGGAGUGUCACCCGCAGCUAGUAAAGGAAAAGUAAAGGAACAAUUUAAAAAAGUGAUGGGUGUAAAUCAUCCAGAUCGCGGAGGUUCUCCAUAUAUUGCUGCAAAAAUUAAUGAGGCAAAGGAUAUACUUGAGAAACAGUAAAACGGGAUCCUGUAGUACACAUUUGUAAUAUAUCAGAUUUUUAUGUUAUUUUAGGAACCAAAUUUUAAUGUACAUAGUUAUUAACAUAUUUAAUCUUGUAUAUUAUCUACUCCCUAUAAUAAAUAAGCUUUUUUGAAUCUACAUUCUAAA